ACCAUUUAGGCAUUGAACAGCUAGCUAUAAAGAGUGUUUUUUAAACUAUUUCAAUGUUUUUGAUACCUCAGGGAGGGAAAUGCAGCAAUGGCCCUGAGAGCAGCAGGAAGUGUGUUUGGGGUUUUCCUGUUAUCUGUGGCAGGCACAGAUUUUUAUCAAUACUCAUUCACUUUUCAAAAGUAUAAUUUUCGGGUUUCACUUUUGAGAAACAUGUAAAAUGUCAUAAAAGAUGAUCAGGACAAGAAGUGUUUGAAGGUUGUUCUGGUGUAUAUGGUAAAUGUUCAUGCUCAUUUUGAUAGUUUUCCUAUGUUUGUUUCUCAGGAGUACUGGGAGAGUAUGGCUGGGAUGUGACUUUCACCAGAACGAGAAUAUGUGCGUUGAAGGGAUUAUCAGUAGAAGUUUCCUGCACUUACAGAUAUCCCAGUGGGCAUGAGAUCAUAGAAACAGAAUGGUAUAAAUGGUGGAACGUCAGUGGGGUAUACUUAUAACAUCAUGGAACAACAAGCGUUUGCAGGUCGUGUUGAGUACCUUGGGAAUAAUCACAAUGACUGCACUCUGAAAAUCACAGACCUGAGAGAGAAUGACACAGCGGAGUAUUGCUUCGGAUUUAAAACCAACAUACACGGCUGGAUAUAUCAGAAAGAUGUAUUCAUUUCCGUGACAGACCUGAAGGUGACUACCUAUGUGACAAAGGGGUCAUGGGUGAUACUGAAUUGCAGCACCACCUGUACUCUGAGUGACAACCCCAAUCCUGACUACAUCUGGUACAAAAAUGGAAAGCCUCAACAUGAAUGUGUGUCACAAAAUUACAGUGUCUUGAGUUCUGAUGAAGACAGUUACUCCUGUGCUGUAAAAGGUUACGAGGACCACCGCUCUCCUGCAGUGUGUGCCGUGGGCCAGAACUGUUGGAGAGUGAUUUACGCCAAAAGGAGUAUCUGUGCCUUGAAGGGGUCAUCAGUGGACAUAUCCUGCACUUACACAUAUCCCCAUGGUCAUAUACCCAAAGACACAUUCUGGUUUACUCAAGGAAAGUCUACAAAGGAGCCUACAGAUCUGAAGAAGGACCCAAACUAUUUGAAUCGUCUGGAGUACCAUGGAAAUGAGGACAGCGAUUGCACCCUGAGAAUCAAAGACCUUAAAGACAGUGACUCAGCUGAGUACAAAUUCAGAUUAGUAACUGCAGAAGGGAAAUAUGUCAGUUCACCCGGUGUAUACCUGACUGUCACAUAUGUCCUGUUGGAGAUGAACCCUAUGUCUGUCUCUGAGAGGGAAAUGGCCAAACUGACAUGUACAGCCAACUGUAGACUGGGUGACAACACAGCCUUCAUUUGGUAUAAGAACAGACAGGCUAUACCAAACAGCCACAACUACUGCAACAGCCUGCACCUGUGCCAAGUCAGCAGUGAGGAUGCAGGCAGCUACUCCUGUGCUGUAGAAGGCCAUGAUAAUCUCCACUCUCCUGAAGUGACUCUAACUGUCAGAUACAAACCAAAGAGCAUCUCAGUGUCAAUCGGUCCCUCUGGUGAAAUAGUGGAGGGCAGUUCAGUUAUUCUGACCUGCAGCAGUGAUGCCAACCCACCAGUUCAGAAAUACACCUGGUACAAGAGGAACAUUAACACAUCAAAAGAAUCCGGUCAGAUCUAUCGCAUCAUCAACAUCAGAUCGGAGGACAGUGGAGAAUAUUAUUGUGAGGCACAGAAUGAAAUGGGAGCUAAGAACUCCACAGUUAGAUUGAUCAUAGUAUCAGGAAAGAAACUAGUAUUAACAUAGCUGUAGGAAUCACAGUGGUUGCUCUGGUUCUCAUUCUCCUAUUUAGCUUUCUGUGGUUCAGGAAGUGGGCUCCCAAAUCAACUGACACACGGGACACAGCAGAGGAUGGACAGGGAGACUCUAGUCACCUGUAUGACAACAUCUCAGGCAUGGCCAUGACCCCUCCUGCAGUACAGACAGUAGACACAGACAAGGAUGGACAGGGAGGCUCUAGUCACCUGUACGAAACCAUCCUGAGGACAGCCCCAACUGCAGCACAGAAUGCGGACACAGAUGAGGACGUCAGGAUCUAUGCCAAUGUCCACCUCUCUCACUCCAGAAACCAUGAAGAACCUCUUUACUCCACUGUCCAACUGCCUAACCCGGAGAAACAGGACAAAGUCCAGUAUGUUGUAUUGAAAUUCAAUCGCCUAGGUGUUGCCCCCCAUCCUGCAGCACACGCAGCUGAAGAUCCAUCUGCAACCUAUAGCACAGUCAACAAACCCAGAACCUGAACACAAGAAGGUACAUUCUUAUCCUCUUAUCCAGUUUCCCAGGCUUCCUACUGGGUCGCUGUAAUCCUACUGAGCUGAAUUUAAAAACAUUGUCUUGUUUAUUUGGAGGGUCACACAAUAUUUUGAUGUAUAAAGUAUAGAUUAGAAAGAGCCUGCUGUGACCAUAUGGCUGUACAAGACAAUACAGCAACAAUUCUAGUGUAGUGUAAGAUGUGACUCAUGAUAGGUAUGGUGAUAUUGUUAAGCAUUAAAAGCUUUUGAAAAAUGCAUCUCAGUGAGACUGUACACUGAGUGUACAAAACAUUAGGAACAUCUGCUCUUUAAACGACAGACUGACCAGAAUCCAGAUGAAAGCUUUGAUCUCUUAUUGAUAUCACCUGUGUAACGCUUCAAUCAGUGUAGAUGAAGGGGAGGAGAGGUUAAAGAGGGAUUUUUAAGACUUGAGACAAUUUAGAUA